CUUAACACCCAUGACCAUGAAAUACGAAUGCAUGUGACUCUUUGGCCCGUAUGCUCAUCGCUUUGCAGGGUUUGGCUUCAGAGGUGACCUGCUCAAGCCCAGUGGGGUUUGAUCGUCUCGAAGUCUUGCGGCGGUUCUCGGUCACAGCGAUGGGGUGCCUUACGGGAUGCUGCAAGUUUUUGGUGCUGAUCGUGGCUGUGAUCGUGGGGUACUGGAACUCUAUGGAGCGCCCAAUCGGCCCGGUCUUCGCGGCGGUGUUCACCGUGGUGGGCAUGGGCAAGCCCAAGACCGAGGCGGUGCCAGACGAUCUCACGCCGGCGCCGCGUCCCAGCAAGGAGCUCUUUUUGGGCCUGCCCUCGGGCGCAAAGAUGCCGGCCAACGGCCUGGGCAUGUGCUGCCGGCCUACGGCCUAUGAUCCCGAGAGCGUCUACCGCACUGUGCUGUGGUACCUACUGCAGGGGGGCCGCCACAUCGACACGGCGGACAUCUAUGGGAACCACGUGCCCAUCGGCAAGGCCUUGAAGGAGGCCCAGAAGCGCGGCGUGCCCCGCAAGGAGGUGUUUCUGACCACCAAAGUCUUUCCCGACGACUUCGGCUACGACGCCACCCUCCAUGCAGUGGACCGAAUGCUCAAGGAGCUGGAUCAGGAGUACAUCGACUUAAUUUUGCUGCACGCGCCUCGGAAGUUCCACCCCUGGACGGCAUAUCAGAUGUACCUCAACAGCUCCACGGAUGAGUUCUGGAGCAAUGACUGCCGGAACCAAGUCGCGUGCCGCAAGAACACCUGGAAGGCCUUGUCCGAGCUGAGAGCCUCGGGGGUGAUCGGAGAUGCGGGAGUGAGCAACUUCAGGGUGGAGCAGAUGCAGGAACUCCAGUCCCUGAAUUUGGCGCCCAUUGCUGUGCACCAGAUCCAGUACCACCCCUGGAUCCCCCCGUGGCAGCAAGAGAUCGUGGACUUCUGCCACGCCCACAAGAUCGCGAUCACCGCCUACUUCUCCCUGGGGGGCAUCCAGACCAAGGACCGGGCCUUGAGCCUGGAUGAUGUCAAAGCGAUUGCCAAGAAGUAUUCCAGAUCAUCCAGCCAGGUGCUGCUUCGUUGGGCGCUGGAGAAGAAUGUGAGCGUGAUCCCGGGCACCGGGAAUCCCCACCACAUGAAGGAGAAUCUGGGCGUCUACGACCUAUCGCUGAAUGAGCAGGAGAUUGCGUCCAUCAACGCUUUGAAGAGCGAGCCCAUCGCAGACGACUUCUUCUUCUUCAAGUGGUGAGGUAUGCAGAACCCCAUUCUUUAUUUUCUCUGGUUGAUGCCCCAUUGUCUUCACCCAUGAUUUGCCGUCUGAAAGGUGCCCUGAGGAGAGCCCGUCCAGCGUAUGUACUGGGAUUUAGCAAGCCUCGUUGCCUCGUGGGAUCCGACAGAAUUUCCGUAACCCCCUCCCCCUAAGACCCUGGUCUUGAUGCCACGGGAAGGAAGGGGGGAAAGGGAGGUUGGGGACGGUCGGAUCCCAUGAGAGGUGUCCCUUUGCAGGGCACCGACGGUUUUGAGUUGACCAAAGCGGCGUAUGAGCCACUUUAGUGCUCACCUGGGCUUGAACCAGGAUGUAGAAACACACCCAAUCUAUUUUGAGAUCCC